AUGAAGGCGCUGGGCCUCCUGCUCCCCUGCCUCCUGGCCGAGGUGUGGCUGGUGGCCGGCUUGGGCCCUGGUCACCCGUCACCAGAGGCCCGGGCAGGGCCAGAGAGUCCGCGGACCCCCACUGCCCAGAACGAGACCUUCCGGGGAGCGCAGGCCCCUGAGGAGGAGGAUCCGGAGGAGCCCUGGAGGGCGGCCAGCGGGCACCAGCUCUCUGAGGAGACCUCCAACUUGGGGUUCACCCUGCUGCGUAAGAUCUCCAUGAGGCACGAAGGCAACGUGGUCUUCUCCCCGCUCAGCCUGUCCUUGGCCAUGACGGCCCUCAUGCUGGGCUCCACAGGGCAGACCAAAGCCCAGCUGGAGGUCGGGCUCCGCCUGCAGACCCUGAACCAGACCUGGCCCGGACACCUGCCCACCCUCUUUCAGUGGCUCAGAGAGCGUCUCUCCCGCAACCGGGAGCUGGGCCUCACCCAGGGGAGCCUGGCCUUCAUCCACGAGGACUUUGAUGUCAAAGAGACCUUCCUCAAUUUAUCCAAGAGGUAUUUCGAUACAGAGUAUGUGACUAUGAAUUUUCGCAAUGCCUCUCAGGCCAGAAAGCUCAUGAAUCAUUACAUUAACAAAGAGACGCAGGGGAAAAUCCCCAAACUCUUUGAUGAGAUUAAUCCUGACACCAAAUUAAUUCUUGUGGAUUACAUCUUGUUCAAAGGGAAAUGGCUGACCCCUUUUGACCCCGUCUUCACCGAGGCGGACACUUUCCACCUGAACAAGUACAAGACGAUUAAGGUGCCCAUGAUGUACAGAGCAGGCAACUUCGCCUCCACCUUUGAUAAAAACUUCCGUUGCCACGUCCUCAAACUGCCCUACCAAGGCAAUGCCACCAUGCUGGUGGUCCUCAUGGAGAAAAUGGGUGACCACCUCGCUCUUGAAGACUACCUGGGCCCAGACCUGGUGGACACGUGGCUGAGAGACAUGAAAACCAGAAAUAUGGAAGUUUUCUUUCCAAAGUUCAAGUUAGAUCAGAAGUAUGAGAUGCAUGAACUGCUUAAGCAGAUGAAAAUAACAAGAAUCUUCUCACCCUGGGCCGACCUGAGUGAACUCUCAGCUACUGCAAAAAAUCUGAAAGUGUCUAAGGUUUUACAAAGAACAGUGAUUGAGGUCGAUGAAAAAGGAACCAAGGCAAUGGCGGGGACCGUCUCAGAAAUCAUUGCUUAUUCCAUGCCUCCCAUCAUCAAAGUAGACCGGCCAUUUCAUUUCAUGAUCUAUGAAGAAACAUCUAGAAUGCUUCUAUUUCUGGGCAGGGUGGUGAAUCCAACCCUCCUGUGAUUUAUGACAAGCGUGUGUACUCAGAUGCUGACUCUGAGGGACGGAGCUCACACAGGACACUGGCUCUGGGUGGCAGGAGAGUG